GUAGAUGUUCCGACGCGAGCCUCUCCUCCGCGGCGAACUCUCACUUGCUUCACUCGACAACACAGACUACACUCAUUUGAGUCGUACACGAGGGUUGUGGUUGUCAACCGCGAAUUUAUUGCGGAGUACCACACAGGUACAAGAUCUUUGCAUAUCCAAGUAUAUGCUUCUGGUAACUUAUGAUAGUUGUCGUUCAAGAUACCGCACCUACCUAGGUAGGUAGAAUGCCAGAAGGUUCCCGUCAACCACGCAGCCCUGAACAGCCCAGACCACCUUGUUAUUCAGCAACGUCGGCGAAACGCGAGGGACAUAAAGGCCACUUUGGUCGACAGCAUCACUAUUCACCAACUGCACGCGCGACGUUGCGGCUGUUCGGGCACAGAGCAAGAUGCGUGCUUCACUAUUGGUCACGCCGCCAGCACUGCUUGCGUGCCUGGCAUUGGCGUCAGACCUUGGUGCUCCGACCAUUCCCACGCCAGAGUAUGAGGAGCGUCUACAUCUGAAACCGCUUUCGGCUCGCGCUGUGUAUGCCGGAUUCAAUUUCACUGCUUCAACAACAGCUACCGAUUACGAACGUCAGAAUUUUCGAUUCUUCCCGCGAUCUUUGGGCCAGAUUUUGCAAUACACACAUGCGACGGAACUUCAUCUGCGAUUCGCGCUGGGAAGAUGGGACGAAGAAAACUGGGGGAGCCGACCCCGAAAAGGAGCUCGUGAAGGAGGAACCGGAGUUGAGCUUUGGGCCUGGCUCGAAGCUGGCACACAAUCAGAGGCGGAAGAGCGAUGGAGCAGCCUCGUGAACAGCUUGAGCGGAUUGUUCUGUGCCAGUCUGAACUUCAUUGAACAGACCAAGACGAUACAGCCUGUUCUUACAUUCGAGCCUGAGGGGCGAUCGAACACUACAUCAAGUCGACUACAUCUCAUGCACGGAAUGUUGCCUCACGAAGUAGUCUGCACCGAGAACCUGACGCCGUUCCUGAAGCUUCUUCCCUGCAAAGGCAAGGCUGGAAUUGCAAGCUUACUGGACGGUCACAAAGUGUUCGAUGCGAAUUGGCAGACAAUGGCUGUGGACGUUCGAUCAGUCUGCACGGACAAUCAUUGUGUCUGGGAGAUUGCACAAACUGUGGACAUGGUUCUUGACCUAGAACGAAGUAUGCGACCGCGUGACGACCCCAUCCCUCGCCCCUUACCGAUCGAGAACAUCGCUUGCGACCAAGACAAACACUACAAUGCUGAGGACACUUGCUUUCCAAAAAGCAUAUCAGAAAUCAGCACCGCAUGGUCCUUGGGCCGCAUAUUUGGACGACCAAUCAAGGGUAGCUGUCCUAUCGGAGAUAGACCGUCCGCCGUAGACGUUGUGCUCGAAGUUUCGGCCGAGCAACCUGUCAAUGUUAGAGAUGGUAUGUCGGAUGCUUGGAAUACCUCCACUUCUGAUGGACCACGAAGGCAAUAUCGGCUGCAAGAAGGACACGACUUUGAUCUCGAGCUCUCAAAUACAGCGGUAAGCUCGCCAGAUACAGGAAGUUCGCUCCUACGCGCGAGUCGACAGAUGACAGGUUAUGGGCAAGAGCGUGGCGGCAUGCAUACGGUCAUUACCAAUCUGCACGACAAAGCCCAACGAGUGGUCUACUUAGAAAGUUUGCCUUGGUUCCUUCGACCAUACAUGCAUACCUUGAAAGUUGACGGCGCGACAAUUGAGAAGAUGUUCUACACGCCCGCAGCAGAUCGUCGCAAAGGUUCGCAUAUUGAGCUGCUACUCGAAGUCCCUCCACACGCCGAGGUUGCAUUAUCGUACGAUUUUGACAAGGCAAUUUUGCGGUACACCGAAUAUCCGCCGGACGCAAAUCGCGGCUUUGAUGUUGCAGCAGCCAUCAUCCGUGCCCUGCCCGCGGACAACACAACCGACGAACAAGGAAGUUUCCUCCGGACGACCUCACUUUUGUUGCCGCUUCCCACCCCAGACUUCAGCAUGCCAUACAAUUUGAAGGGCAACAGCGGUACUGCGUCAAUUGAUACAGACAAGAACACAGCUAGAAGGCCAGGAGGGACCGGUACAGCGGCAGAAGCUGCGGCAAAAGAACCUGUUCGCGAUGUGACACGCCGCAAUGGUACUCUCAAGGUGGUCGGUGGCUCAUCGAAGGAACCGCAAUGA